CAGGCAUGAUCACUCAAUCAUGACUGGACCAAAAUAAUCACGUGACACAUGCAGUUGGAAGACUUCAUAAACUUGGUUGAAGGCCUAAUAUCCUAUUUACAAAUUAUAGGCCUACAGCUUGCACUUACUUUAAAUACAGUGUUUUCUACAUAUAGGCUACUUAGGCCUAAUUUGUGGGCCGGCCAGGUAUGUUAGCACCUGCCAAAGUAUAUUUGACAACCCACUUUAAUAUUCUGCAGGGAAACACAGAGAGAGAUGUUGUCUGCUAUUACGUUAGGUGGACACAGUCGAAAUCUUACUUUAGGGAGCGACAGUGAACGCACCACUGCAGAAGGUGGAAAAUGACAUAGAAUAACUUACUGUCAAUACAAAUACAAUAUACACCGCUGCCGACCCCACCCCCUCAUUGGCCGCCGCCGCCACAGGUUACACAGUCUAAAUGAGAGCUGAACAGUCCGGAGAGCAGGUGUGUCGCAAUUUUUAAUUCACUCUUGAAUAGGCCUAUGAAAAGAAUGAUAACCUGACACGAAUUCAAGAUGAUUUCCAAGAUGAUCACGAACUAGGUCUAAUUUGUUUGUGUUCAUAUAAUAUUCAAAAUGUCAUUUUGGUACCUAUUUUAGAUUUAGACUGAGUCACUAUCGCAGAUGGAGCUGCCACCUCGUCCAACACUGUUUGACUUCCAUGGAGUCUCCAUGGUUAAAUACUUCACUGACAACUGGGACAGCGUACAGAACUUCAAAGCCAGACCAGAUGAUAUUCUUAUAGCUACUUACCCUAAAGCAGGAACAACAUGGGUCUCUUACAUCCUGGAUCUUCUGUAUUUUGCCCAGACAUCUCCAGAGCGCCAGGCGUCCAUUCCUAUUCAUGAAAGAGUGCCGUUUCUGGAGAUCAGCACACCUUCUCGACCCUCAGGUAAAGACUUGGCAGACCAGCUUCCCACCACUCCUCGUCUCAUUAAAACUCAUCUACCAGUCCAGUUUGUGCCCAAGUCUUUCUGGGAGCAGAACAGCAGGAUAGUUUAUGUGGCUCGUAAUGCAAAGGACAGUGUAGUGUCUUAUUUCCACUUUGGCCGCAUGAACAGUAUCCAUCCAGAACCAGGUGACUGGAGCACGUUUCUAAAGGAUUUCAUGGAGGGAAAGAUGGUGUUUGGGUCGUGGUAUGACCAUGUGAACGGCUGGUGGGAGAAGAAACAGACGUAUUCAAACGUUCACUAUAUGUUCUAUGAAGACCUGAUUGAGGACUGUGGACGAGAGAUAGACCGUCUCUGUUCCUUCCUUGGUUUGUCUCCUUCAGCUGAGGAGACGGAAAGAGUCACAAAUGGAGUGACGUUUGACAACAUGAAAGCAAACAAAAUGACAAACUAUUCCACUUCCCAAGUUAUGAAUCAAAAGGUGUCUCCUUUCAUGAGAAAAGGGAAAGUUGGUGACUGGAAGAACUAUUUCACCGUGGCCCAGGAUGAACAGUUUGAGGAGGACUACAAGCAGAAAAUGAAGAAUCCUACACUGAAGUUUCGUACUGAAGUUUAAGUGUUCAGAUCCUUUACUUAAGUAAAAGUAGUUAUACCUCACUGUAAAAAUACUCAGUUACAAGUAAAAGUACUGAAAAUGUUACAUUAUAAAAGUAUGUAAGUAUAAUCAGGAAAAUGUACUUAAAGUAUUAAAAGCAAAAUGCCCCCAGGACUGACACUAUUAUAAAUCAUUAGAUUAUUAUUAUUCAUGCAUUAAUGUAAAAGCAAUUAUUGACCUUUUUCAUUGAAAAAAGUAAU